AUGCUGAGCUUCUUCCGUCGAACCCUUGGACGGCGGUCUAUGCGUAAGCAUGCGGAGAAGGAACGGCUAAGAGAGGCCCAAAGAGCUGCAACCCACAUCCCUGCAGCUGGGGAUGCAAAAUCCAUCAUUACUUGCCGAGUAGCACUGCUGGAUGGAACAGAUGUCAGCGUAGACUUACCGAAAAAAGCUAAAGGCCAGCUCCUGUUUGAACAGAUCAUGUAUCAUCUGGACCUUAUAGAAAGCGACUACUUUGGAUUAAGGUUCAUGGAUUCAGCACAAGUGGCGCAUUGGUUGGACAACACAAAAAGCAUUAAAAAGCAAGUUAAAAUUGGCCCGCCGUAUUGUCUGCAUUUUCGCGUAAAGUUUUACUCAUCAGAGCCCAACAAUCUACGUGAAGAGCUAACAAGGUAUUUAUUUGUUCUGCAGCUGAAACUGGAUAUUCUUAGUGGAAAAUUGGAAUGUCCUUUUGACACAGCCGUCCAGUUGGCAGCUUAUAACAUGCAAGGUGAGUAGGUAUGAGUGGGGAAGGAUGAAGUUGCACAAAAAGAGCCUGAACUGGUGUCUGAGUUCAGGUUUGUUCCUACUCAGACUGAAGAAAUGGAACUGGCCAUUUUUGAGAAGUGGAAGGAAUGCAGGGGGCAAACACCAGCACAGGCUGAAACUAACUACUUAAACAAAGCUAAGUGGCUGGAAAUGUAUGGUGUAGACAUGCACAUAGUCAAGGCAAGAGACGGCAAUGAUUACAGCCUGGGACUAACACCUACAGGAGUUCUUGUCUUUGAAGGAGACACAAAGAUUGGUUUGUUUUUCUGGCCAAAGAUAACAAGGCUUGACUUCAAGAAGAACAAACUCACUCUAGUUGUUGUUGAAGAUGAUGAACAGGGAAAGGAGCAGGAGCACACUUUUGUCUUCAGACUGGAUCAUCCCAAAGCCUGCAAACACUUGUGGAAAUGUGCAGUGGAACAUCACGCCUUCUUCCGGCUCCGAGGUCCUGUCCAAAAAAGCUCAAGUCGAUCAGGCUUCAUUCGGUUAGGAUCCCGGUUCCGAUACAGUGGGAAAACAGAAUAUCAAACCACCAAGACCAACAAAGCCAGAAGAUCAGCAUCCUUUGAAAGAAGGCCCAGCAAGAGAUACUCAAGACGAACACUGCAAAUGAAAGCACAUGCUGCUAAACUUGAAGAAACAAGUACUGCAAACAAUGCUGUUACCAACCAAACUAAUGGAUCACAAAGCUGGAAUGCAAAGCCAAACCUACCUGUCCUAACAGCAGUUCCGUCUGCCCCAGUCUUAGUGGAAAUAGAGAACCUUCCAAGGAGCCCAGGAGCCAGCCAGCAAGACAAGAAGUGGCCCUUUGACGCUGCCGACCGCUGUCAACGUGGUGGAAGCCUGUGGGACGCGUGGGCCCCGCCGAGGAGCCGCGCUGUGGACGGACAGCACACCGCUUUUGUCCAUGAGCGUAAUGUGAAGAAUGCAGUAAUGUACAGCGGUGCUGGUACCUAUGCUGUACAAACCACUGUGACCAGUCUCUGAGACGUGGGCCUUUCUGGAGCUUGAGUCUGCUUUCUAGCAGAGGCUGAAAAAUUAUGUUUUGAGCUGUCUCUGAGAUAAAGACAACGGACCCAAAGCUGACUAUAGAGGGGGGGGAAAAAGCUUUUAUUAUGAAGGCUCUGCAUAUUGUGCUGUUGGUAUUUAGUCUUUAAAGAAAAAAUAACAGACAG